GCUGCAGCGAGCUGAGAUAGUGUCACUGCACUCCAGCCUGGCAACAGAGCGAGACUCCGUCUCGGAGAAAAAGAACUCAUGCGUCCCCUCUCCUUUUUCUCUUGGAAACUAGGAUGCAGCGGUAUGUAGCUGGACAGUGGAGGAAACUCGCCAGUGGAAUAGUAUCCCUGAGUCACACAGUAAACCCACUGGGAAAACCUAGCCAGAAGCCAACAGCAAGUUUCCUGGUUUAUGGGCUGAGCUUUAUAAUAUGUUGGGAUAAUUGGUAGAAUAAGUGCUUCUUCAGAAAUGUCAGCUUUUACAUUUACUGCUGGGAUAACUAGUAAUUGAGUUCCAUGAAAACUCACUAACUUCAGAGCAAGUCUAAUAGUUAGAUGGUGAGACACACGUUUCCCAUUGGCUUAUAUUCCUACUAAUUCUAAACCAUCUGCAAGAAGAUUAGGGGACAAAUUGUGCUUUGUGAAUAGUUUAUAUUUCAAUAUUACUUCGUAAGAAAGGUCUAUCAAUAAAGAAGUACUUAGAAAGUACAUGUAAAAUGAGUAGGCAUUCCACAGAGCCAAAAUAAACCAAGUUUAACUUUUAACAUAAAUAGGGUAGCUUUACUGCUGCGAGUCCAUGAUUUGGUUGUGUAGGAGUUCUGUAUAAGACUAAUACUCUAGCAGUGAAAUUCCCAAAGUAUGUGGAAAACAUCUGAAAGCAUAGGCCAAGAUCUGCUUCCUGAAACUUUUCGUCAAAAGCAAUAAAAUAGGAUUAUGAUUUCUUUUGAUCUCUAAGAAAAUGGAGGUGAGAAUAAAGAAAUGAGUAGAUAUGUUCUUGGUUUCCAUACAAAGCUGUCUCAACAUUUUUACAUCAAAUGUUCUUAUCUAAUUGUUAGUGCAAUUCACCUGUGAAACUUUUUUUAGGUGCACUGAUGUUUAAGCUGCUUCCAUGAAUAACAGUAAUAGCUAAAAUUCAUCAAGUACUUUGGGCUUUACCUUUCAUUGUAAAACCACCACAGUCCUGUGAAUUAUCCCUAUUUUACCAAUAAAGAAAAUGAGGUCAUUGGAGAUGAAGUAACUUGCCAAGGUCACAGCUCAUAGGUGUUGGCACCAGGAUGCUAACCCAAUCAAUGUGGUUCCAAAGAUCACACUCUCACAUAGUAUCUGUAUGGCCUCCCACUGCAGUCGGUGUUGACUACAUGCCGAGCGCUGAGCCAGGUGGAGUGAGACAAAGCAGCAAAGGAGUGCUCGCCCUACGCAGCCCACCUCUAUGACGCCGAGAACCCCCAGACGCCCCUCCGGAAUCUCCCCGGUCUCUGCUCUGAUUACUGCUCUGCCUUCCAUUCUAACUGCCACUCCGCCAUCUCCCUGCUGACCAAUGACCGAGGCCUCCAGGAGUCUCACGGAAUGGACGGUGUCCGAUUCUGCCACCUCCUGGAUCUUUCUGACAAGGACUAUUGCUUCCCCAACGUCCUGAGGAACAACUAUCUCAACCGCAACCUGGGCAUGGUGGCCCAGGAUCCUCGGGGCUGCCUGCAGCUCUGCCUGAGCGAGGUGGCCAACGGGCUGAGGAACCCCGUCUCCAUGGUCCAUGCCGGGGACGGCACCCAUCGCUUCUUUGUUGCCGAGCAGGUAGGAGUGGUGUGGGUCUAUCUCCCUGAUGGGAGUCGCCUGGAGCAACCCUUCCUGGACCUCAAGAACAUCGUGUUGACCACCCCAUGGAUCGGGGAUGAGAGAGGCUUCUUGGGGUUGGCUUUUCACCCCAAAUUCCGCCACAAUCGCAAGUUCUAUAUUUAUUAUUCGUGCCUGGACAAGAAGAAGGUAGAAAAGAUCCGGAUUAGUCAGAUGAAGGUUUCUCGGGCUGAUCCUAACAAAGCUGACCUGAAAUCAGAGAGGGUCAUCUUGGAGAUCGAAGAACCAGCCUCAAACCAUAAUGGCGGACAACUUCUUUUUGGCCUAGAUGGCUAUAUGUACAUAUUCACUGGGGACGGGGGACAGGCUGGAGAUCCCUUUGGCCUGUUUGGAAAUGCUCAGAACAAAAGUUCCCUGCUGGGAAAAGUUUUAAGGAUCGAUGUGAACAGGGCAGGCUCAGAUGGCAAGCGGUACCGAGUCCCCUCGGACAAUCCGUUUGUUUCUGAGCCAGGGGCCCACCCCGCCAUCUAUGCCUAUGGGAUUAGGAACAUGUGGCGCUGUGCUGUGGACCGAGGGGACCCCAUCACGCACCAGGGUCGAGGCCGGAUAUUCUGUGGGGACGUGGGCCAGAACAGGUUUGAAGAGGUUGACCUCAUUGUGAAAGGCGGCAAUUACGGCUGGAGAGCCAAGGAAGGGUUUGCAUGUUAUGACAAAAAACUUUGUCACAAUGCCUCUUUGGAUGAUGUUCUGCCAAUCUAUGCUUAUGGCCACGCAGUGGGGAAAUCAGUCACGGGAGGUUAUGUCUAUCGUGGUUGUGAAUCCCCAAAUCUCAAUGGCCUGUAUAUCUUUGGAGACUUCAUGAGUGGUCGACUUAUGGCUUUGCAGGAAGAUAGAAAAACCAAGAAAUGGAAGAAGCGGGAUCUUUGCCUGGGCAGCACUACGUCCUGUGCCUUCCCAGGGCUGAUCAGCACCCAUAGCAAGUUCAUCAUUUCCUUUGCUGAAGAUGAAGCAGGGGAGCUGUAUUUCCUGGCAACCUCUUACCCAAGUGCCUAUGCACCACAUGGAUCUAUUUACAAGUUUGUUGACCCCUCAAGGCGGGCACCCCCAGGCAAGUGCAAAUACAAGCCAGUGCCGGUGAGAACCAAGAGUAAGCGGAUCCCGUUCAAACCACUCGCCAAGACAGUCUUGGACUUGCUAAAGGAGCAAUCAGAGAAAGCUGCUAGAAAAUCUGCAACCUUAGCUUCCGGCCCAGCCCAGGGUUUGUCUCAGAAAGGCUCCUCCAAGAAGCUGGCUUCUCCUACAAGCAGCAAGAAUACCCUGCGAGGGCCUGGUACAAAGAAGAAAGCCAGAGUGGGGCCCCAAGUCCCCCAGGGCAAGAGGAGGAAGAGCCUGAAAAGCCACAGUGGCAGGAUGAGGCCAUCAGCAGAGCAGAGGCGAGCUGGCAGAAGUCUCCCGUGAGCCAUUGGUCAAGGUGGCUGACAGGGUGACGUGAGAGAGGAGAGCCACCUCAUCAAAUGAGAGUCACUGCUGAAUAAAGACCUUAGAAGUCUGGGAAGCCAGGAUAGAGGUGGGGCAGGGUGGUUUUCCUCUCCCUGGGAAAUCUUGCUAUCUGCUGAAUAAAUAAAUGCACCUUCUCUGGAUGCAGUGCUUCUGUAGGAGACCAUAUCCCAGAUUGCUGGUGCACCUGGGUUAUGGUGAGCACUAGUCCAUGAGCCUGCUUGGAAUCACACUGGAUGUCUCCAUUUUGUUUUGUAAAUGCCUACAUUCUGAGGUAAUAAAUCAACACUUGUUCAAACUGACA